GCUCCCGGAAGAACAUCAGUACAGUGUGUGAGUGUGUGUGUGAUUGUGAGUGUGUAUGUGUUUAGUGUAUGUGUGUGUAGUGUGAGGACGGUGAAGGUGUGCAGGUGUGGGAGUCAUGGCCGGAGCUCUGCUCAGAUCAGCGCUGCGCCUGAAGCCUCGGCUGCGGCCCGCAGGAGCAGAGAGGAGGCGCUACAGCCAGAGGAGUGAAGGGCUUGAGCGAGCAGUAGCAGCGUUCCGCUCCGUCAGUGGGGAUGAAGGUGUGAGUCUGGGUGAAGCAGUCAGGGAACAGCAUGGGAGGGAUGAGUCAGUGCACAGAUGUCGUCCCCCGGAUGUCGUGGUGUUCCCCCGCUGUGUGGAGGAGGUCAGCGCUCUGGCCAAAAUCUGCCAUGAACACCAGUUACCCAUCAUCCCCUUUGGCACAGGAACGGGUCUGGAGGGUGGAGUUGGGGCUCUAAAAGGUGGAGUCUGUUUCAGUCUGAGGAACAUGGACCAGGUGCUGGCCCUUCACCAGGAGGACUUUGAUGUGACGGUGGAGCCGGGUGUCACCAGAAAAGCUCUGAACUCUUACCUGCGGGACACGGGGCUAUGGUUUCCUGUGGACCCAGGUGCCGACGCCUCUCUCUGUGGAAUGGCGUCCACCAGCGCGUCCGGCACUAACGCAGUUCGCUACGGCACCAUGCGGGAGAACGUCCUGAACCUGGAGGUGGUUCUGGCGGACGGCACUAUCAUCCACACGGCGGGCAGGGGGCGCCGACCAAGGAAGACUUCAGCAGGGUAUAACCUCACCAAUCUGUUUGUGGGUUCAGAGGGAACUCUGGGUAUUCUGACGAAAGCGACGUUACGGCUGUAUGGUAUUCCGGAGAGCAUGGUGUCCGCUGUCUGCUCGUUCCCCUCCGUCCAGGCUGCAGUGGACAGUACAGUUCAGGUGCUGCAGGCCGGAGUGCCCAUCGCUCGCAUUGAGUUUCUGGACGAUGUGAUGAUCGGAGCCUGUAACAGUUUUAACUCUUUAUCCUACCCUGUGACCCCCACCCUCUUUCUGGAGUUCCACGGAAGCUCCAAGAGCUUAGAGGAGCAAGUGUCCAUCACAGAGGAGAUCACGCGGGAUAAUGGAGGUUCUGACUUUGCCUGGGCUGAGGAUGAGGAGACGAGGGCGAAGCUGUGGAAAGCUCGUCAUGAUGCCUGGUACGCUUCACUGGCUCUGAGGCCGGGCUGCAAGGCGUACUCCACUGAUGUGUGUGUGCCGCUGUCUCGUCUGCCUCAGAUCAUUGUGGAAACCAAGGAGGACCUAAUAAGAAACAACCUUACAGGUCCCAUUGCGGGUCACGUGGGAGAUGGAAACUUCCACUGUAUCAUGGUGCUGGACCCAAAUGACCCGGAUGAAGUGCAGAGAGUUCAUGAGUUCACUGAAAGGCUGGCCAGGAGAGCUCUAGCCAUGGAUGGUACCUGCACAGGUGAGCAUGGUGUGGGUCUGGGGAAGCGGGCUCUGCUGAGGGAGGAGCUGGGCCCAAUGGCGAUGGAGGUCAUGCAAGGUCUGAAGGCCACACUGGACCCCAAAAACCUAAUGAACCCUGGAAAAGUUCUGUAGAAAUUCAGAAUACACCAGCAGGACGUCCAGUGUUACCAUAUCCCACUCCAACAUUUUGAAAGAAUUCCUGAAGAUCAUUUAAAGAGAAACGUUAAGUCUAAGGUGGAUUUCUCUAUGACAGAAAUGAAUGUGAUUUUGGAAAACUGCCACAGUUGCACUCCUUAAAAAAACUGCAAAGAUUGCAAAUCUAACAAUAUUUCAGAUAUUAUUGGCUUCAUUUCUAUAGAACAGAAUGAAACUUUAACGUCCAGAUUUACUAUGUUAAUUUAACAGGACUAAUUAUCCUAUAUUUACAGCCUUUACCUAGAAACAUGCAGUUGUUCAGUGUUCUUUAAGGACUAACAUAAUAUUAUACCAGAGUUAGGUCCGACCCGGCAAUGUGAUUGGCUGAGAGGUGUUCUGUUAUGUCUUCAUUAAG